AACGGUAGUGGAUCCAGUGUGGCUGGAAUGUUAUUCAGUGACAGAUUGAUGUCCGAACCCCUGAAGGGCGGUGCCGGCGAUGGGCCAGCAAAGGUACCGGACGAGGAGAAAAGGGGCCGUGGUAGGCCAAGGAAACCUGUCUCAGAUGAGCCCAUGGAACCCAAACAAAAACGACCCCGAGGGCGACCUUUAGGAAGCAAGAAAAAACCUGCAGAACCUCCGGCGCCAAAGAAACCCCGUACUAAACCAAGGAAAGCGGCCGGUGAUGUUGUGCCUUCGAAAAGUGACACUUCAAAGUAGGUGAGCGUCGCGCAACCAAUCACAGUAUCCGGUAUUUGUCUAGAAACACUUAGACAGACGUUUGACAACUUGUAAUGGAUCUACACAUGUUCGUUGUGACGGCGUUUUCGAUUAUUGUUGUUUUACUGUUGUAUAUACCCGGUUUAUUUCACAUGUUUAGUUUAGUUAUUAUCUAUAUUAAAAUUUAAUGCAAACAAGUUAAUGCAGAUAAUAAAGUCGUCUCUCUUUCCGGGGAUUGAGUAAGACGUUAUGACGCCGAGAGCGAAAACACUUUUCUGUAUAUAUUUGUUUAGAAAUUAUUUGUUCUGGCCAAUACAUAGUUCAUAUACACGCAAUGUUUAUGAAUUGUAUGUUUAGUUAUAUACCAACGUGUUCAUUAAUAAACUAUGUGUUCAAUUUGAUACAAAUGUGUUCAGUUUAAAGAUGUGUAUAAUUUUAUUUGGGUGUUCUCAUUUAUAAAGAAGCGAUCUGAUGUUCUGAAGCACAUAAUCGUAUCCAGUUUCAUAAAUAUAAGUAAAUUUCCCAGAAGAAACAACGGGUAAAUUGUUGUGAACAUGUUCGUCGAUCCAUUUCUUUUUAUGCGAAAUACAAAGAAAGCUUUUUCCUGAGAUCAUGCACUUCGAGAUGAAAAGAAGACCCAUAUUGAUGUUAAGGUCAACAGCUAAAAGGUCACAUGGACCUUUAAUAUAAACAAAUAUGACCUGUUCGUGUCCACAUUAUAUCUAAAGAACGCUUUGACUUAUGAUGCGGCAAAUUGGAAAGUUCUUUGCUUUGGGUUAAACGAUGAUGUCUAUCUAUUUUAAGGUGAAUAUGUAAAUAAUCAAGUUUGAAUGCGCUUGCAGCUUAAACCCGUUUUCACACAUAUCUUGAAAAUGUUUCGACCUAUUGUUAUAACCGUUAUAAUAAUUCUUAGUCCUCAAGGAAGGUGGGCUCGUAUCUUUUGAUACGCAGAGCAACAGGUUUAGGAGCAUGCAACAUUAAAAUAUCUGUUAACUCGUAUUGCCGUGGGGCAACAUGUUUUUAAUGUCUUGAAUUAAUGUGCUCAUAUAUAAACAAUGAUACACAUAUAUCUAACUGUGUUUUGAUAAGUUGUGAAAUCCGGGCUUAAUGGAUGUGCGUAAAUUAUCGCCCCAGAUUAGUCUGUUAAGUACGCACAGGCUUUCAGGGAAGACACUUUCUAUUUCUCUUAAAGGAAGUAUGUUUUAAACAAAAACUCCAUUCUAUGUGGAAAGUGUCGUCCCUGAUAAGCAUGUACGGACUAAACAGGCUGAAACGGGACUAUGCUUUACGUACAUCAAUAAGCACGGUUUCCCCAACUCAAAGGUUUAACCGCAUUUGAAUGUCAUUAUGUAGAAGAUCCCAUAUUUAAAAUAAUAAGUGUGUGUGGUUAGCCUCAACAAUGUUACUGAUUUUCUGUCAAUUUGUGUUAAGGUCAAUUAAUGUAAAAUAAUUCAGACCGCAUGCUAUUUAAUUUAAAUAUUCCGAAAGCGUUCGAACUUUGCAAACUUGUAUUAACAUGUCGUGUUUGUUUUGUGUACAUUUUUUUUUACAAAUUCAUGCGUUAUAAGUUAUGUUUUCUAUGUUUCCGAAUCAUUAUCAGAAUGAGUCUAGGCCUGUAUGUGAUUUCAUAUUAUCGUAACGUUUUGCAAAAGCAAAAAUGGUAGAAGUGGUAAUAUUUAACAUUUGUGUGUAUGAAAUCAAUGCAAAUUAUGUAAAGUAUAUCGUUUGCGAUGUAUGUGUUUCUUUUUCAGAUCUUUUACGAGUAAAAAAUUUGACAGAAAAGUGCAAGCUUGUUGAACAUUAAUGCUUUUAAACAAAAUAACGAUAUGUACUUGCUAUGGCAUUUGAACAUACCCUUUGGAUGUUUCAUUUUUGAUACAUACAUUUUCAUCAUCGAUAAGUACAAAUAUUUCGUACAUCUCUCCAUGUAAUUGUUUCGUCGGCCAUGCAAAUUGUACAAACGCAAUCAUGCGAUGCAAAUAUGUUCGCUGGUCACUAUAAAAUGUACGAAAUUGUGCUGGGAUUCUUAGCUAAACCAUUGUUUUUUUGUCAAUAUUCAUCGGGUUUACGUAAUGGGUAUGCAUAAUAUUCUUUUGAAAUGUGUGCAUUUGUUGUAUUAAAAUAAAUGUACAAGAUACAACAUACAUGUUUAAUCCAGAACAAAUUUCUUGUUUCUUUAUAUUUACUUGUUUUGUUAUCGAUAUAAAUAUUGUAAAUAAAUUUGAAAUAUAA